AGGCCUGCGCGGACGCCGUGCGCUUCUACGGCUUCGCCGUGGAGGGCCUCGCUGGCGGCGGCGGCGGGCAGAAGGACCGCGGCAGCCUGCUGAGCGCGGCGCUGUUCCGGAUCCACGGCAGCCUCGCCACGGAGGAGAGCCGCGAGCAGCGGGCGGAGCGGGCCGCGCAGAAGGCGCGCGCGGACGUGGAGAGGAAGGCCAGGAUCACCUACCACGACCUCAGCUCAGAGCUGGGCACCGGCUCCUGCGCGGACGCCCAGGAGGAGGGCUACGACUGCUGGUGGGGCACCCUGCCUUUCCCGGUGUGCGAGGAGCAGUGCAGCAGCACGGAGGCCUGCCUGGGCUUCGACUUCCAGUUCGGGCCGGAGAACUGCGAGCUUCGCUUCAGCAAGGGCUCGAUGCCCGCCGACAACCCCGGGCCCUUCAACGAUUCGUGGUCUGAUGGCAAGGGCGCGGGAAACAUCACCGGGGUGGUGGACGACGGCAGCGGGCGAAAGUGCUACGUGAAGAAGUGGAUUACGAGCCACCAGAGCAGCACGAUGGAGUCGUUCCCCGGCAGCUCCGAGUGGGAGG